UGAUAUCCGCCGGUACAUACAAGGGAAACCAUCUUCUUCUACUACUAGUAGUACUCACUCAAACAAUUAGCAACAGUUUUGAAAUACCCCUCACGCAGUAUUACAAAUACUAUACUAUACUAUACUGUACUAUACUACAAGCCGAGUUGAACCCUCAAAGCUUCAUGUGAAACUCCUCCCCCAACCGGCUCAUCUCCAAUGGCCGCUGAAAAUCCAUUAGUCUUCUCCUCCGCCGAGGCCCAACGGCUGGAGCCCCAUCUACCCCCCCUCUCCUACUUUUCCUCUUCUUCCUCCUCUUCUCCUCCUUCUCCUUCUCCCUCUCCCUCUCCUACUUCCUCUAACAACAAACUCCCCUUCGUAACCCUAACCUUCGCCACCUCCCUCGACUCCGCCCUGUCCCUGGGGCCCGGGAUCCGGACCGCGCUCUCGGGCCCGCAGUCCAAGGCGAUGACGCACUACCUGCGCAGCCGCCACGACGCCAUCUGCGUCGGCGUCGGGACCGCCAUCGCCGACAACCCGGGGCUCAACUGCCGGCUGGCGGCGGCCGACGCCUCGCGGCCCGUGUCCUCGCACACGACGGACACGGCGGGCGUCGGCGCGCUGCUCGGGCUCGCCUCGCUGUCCACCGAGAACGCCGCGACCCGCCGCCGCGCCGGCGGCAACGUCUUCUCCGCCCACCAGCCCCGCCCCAUCGUCAUCGACCCCCGCCUGCGCUGGGACUUCACCCCCGACAGCAAGGUGCUGCAGCUCGCGCGCGCCGGCCAGGGCCUGGCGCCGUACGUCAUCACCGCCGUGAGCCAGCCGCCCGAGGGCAAGAAGAAGCUGCUGGAGGGGCUGGGCGGGAAGUUCAUUGUGCUGAAUCCGAAUCCGCAUCCGCAUCCGCCUCCGCCUCCUCCUCCGCCGCAACCCGCUAAAGCCACCACAGCAGCCGCCGCCCGUGCGACCCCAAGGUUCCCCCAGCGCUUCGACUGGCACGACGUGCUCGCCGCGGUGCGGAACGAGGGGCUGCGGAGCAUCAUGGUGGAGGGCGGCGGCGAGGUGAUCAACUCGCUGCUCUCGCACGAGAACGCGCGCCUGAUCCACUCCGUCAUCGUCACCAUCGCGCCCACGUGGCUCGGCCAGGGGAGCGUCUUCGUCUCUCCGCCGCGGAGGGCGGGGCUGGACGGGAAGCCGAGCGCGGUCGCGAGGCUGGCGGACACGACCUGGGUGCCCCUGGGGGAGGAUGUGGUGCUGUGCGGGAGGCUUGCGGCUUGAGGGGUUUGGGGUUGGGGGGGAUGCAUAUGCCUAGGUAUCCCCGUCUUGCCCAUGGCCGUUCGUGGGAUCUGGUCUUGGAUGUAUGGUUUCUUGCUCUUCGCUCGGUGACCACCCCCUUUUUUGAAUGGGGUAUCUUGAACCCGCAGCCUGUCCCUCCCCCUUUCGAAUUGUCGUCAAAACUUAGGACCUGAUACUGCUGUAUUCUCCCAAGGCUGUUGCCAGUCAGUAAAGAUAUAUGAAUCUUCAUUCUAUUGUAGGGCUCGUGCCGGGUUGGGUUGGUGGCAUCGUAUAGUUUGGUUUAUAUCGGUGCUUAAUGGUGGUGGUUUUCACGGUUUCUGUACCUACUACUACUAUGUGUUCUACUAUAUUAUGUCCUUUAGGAAUGAGCAAACACACAAUCACCCUGUUCCCUCCAUUGUACCUAGCCUAGGUAAAUAUAAGCCAUCUGUAUCUUUCUUAUACUAUUGAUAUACCUAGGAUAGGUAAGUUCCCAUCCGCC